CAUCCCGCACCCCACAUCUCCGCGGACGGGCAUGUAGCAGCGGCGGCCGCCGCGGCGGAAUAUGGGCGGGAACCACUCCCACAAGCCCCCCGUGUUUGACGAGAAUGAAGAAGUCAGCUUUGACCACUUUCAGAUCCUGCGGGCCAUUGGUAAAGGGAGCUUUGGAAAGGUGUGCAUCGUGCAGAAGCGAGACACGAAGAAGAUGUACGCCAUGAAGUACAUGAACAAGCAGAAGUGCAUCGAGAGGGACGAGGUGCGCAACGUCUUCCGCGAGCUGCAGGUCAUGCAGGGGCUGGAGCACCCGUUCCUGGUCAACCUGUGGUACUCCUUCCAGGACGAGGAGGACAUGUUCAUGGUGGUGGACCUGCUGCUGGGGGGGGACCUGCGCUACCACCUGCAGCAGAGCGUGCACUUCACCGAGGGGACCGUGAAGCUCUACAUCUGUGAGCUGGCCCUGGCCCUGGAGUACCUGCAGAGGCACCACAUCAUCCACAGGGACAUCAAGCCAGACAACAUCCUGCUGGACGAGCACGGGCAUGUUCACAUCACGGACUUCAACAUAGCGACGGUGGUGAGAGGAGCAGAGAAGGCCUCGUCCAUGGCUGGCACCAAGCCCUACAUGGCCCCCGAAGUCUUCCAGGUGUACGUGGACGGAGGCCCCGGGUACUCGUACCCUGUCGACUGGUGGUCCCUGGGCGUCACGGCCUACGAGCUGCUGCGGGGCUGGAGGCCAUAUGAGAUCCACUCGGCCACACCCAUUGAUGAGAUCCUCAGCAUGUUCAAGGUGGAGCGUGUCCACUACUCCUCCACGUGGUGCAAGGGCAUGGUGGCCCUGCUCAAGAAGCUCCUGACCAAGGACCCCGAGAGCCGCCUGUCCAGCCUCAGUGACGUUCAGAGCGCACCCUACCUGGCUGACAUGAACUGGGACGCAGUGUUCGAGAAGGCGCUGACACCCGGCUUUGUACCCAACAAAGGGAGGUUGAACUGUGACCCCACGUUUGAACUUGAAGAGAUGAUUCUAGAAUCCAAGCCCCUUCACAAAAAGAAGAAGAGGUUGGCAAAGCACAGGUCCAAAGACGGCACCAAGGACAGCUGCCCCCUGAAUGGACACCUGCAGCAGUGCUUGGAGACAGUGCGGAAGGAAUUCAUCAUAUUCAACAGAGAGAAGCUCAGGCGGCAGCAGGGACCAGGCGGCCAGAUGUUGGACACGGAAGGCCGAGCUGUGAGUCAGACCCAGAGCAAGCUCCAGGACGGGUGCAACAACAACAUCCUGGCCCACGCCUGCUCCCGGGGCUGCAGCAGCUAAGCUUCCACCUGCAGGUGCCCAGUGGGCCACAGGCACCUCUGCCCUGGCCACCCAGAGCCCCAUCUCACCCUGA